GUCUCUCCGCCACCGCCUGCUCCUCCUCCUCCGCGCUGUGUCCCCUCCCCGCGGCUCUCCCUCCCUCUCCACUGCAGUCAAAGCUCGGUCCGGGAGAGUGUCAGAGAGGGUCGGGAGCCAGAUCUGAAGCAAAAACCGAGACCUCCAACGGAACAUCGCAUUUUGUCCGAGUAUUUCGCCACUGUUCGGCGGCAUCCACAGCCCCCCUCGGCCCUUCUUUUCCGUUUACAUCGCCUGGAUUUCAUCAUCCGACCUGCAAAAUGGGAAAUGAAGCCAGCUAUCCCCUGGAGAUGUGCUCACAUUUCGAUGCUGAUGAGAUUAAGAGGCUAGGGAAGAGGUUUAAGAAACUCGACCUAGAUAACUCUGGCUCCCUCAGCGUGGAAGAGUUCAUGUCUCUGCCCGAGCUGCAACAGAACCCGCUGGUCCAGAGGGUCAUCGACAUCUUCGACACGGACGGGAACGGAGAGGUGGACUUUAAAGAAUUCAUUGAGGGAGUCUCACAGUUUAGCGUUAAAGGGGACAAAGAACAGAAGCUCCGAUUCGCUUUCAGGAUCUACGACAUGGACAAAGAUGGCUACAUCUCCAACGGGGAGCUCUUCCAGGUGCUCAAGAUGAUGGUAGGCAACAACCUGAAGGACACGCAGCUCCAGCAGAUCGUGGACAAGACCAUAAUAAACGCAGACAAGGACGGAGACGGCAGGAUAUCCUUCGAAGAAUUCUGUGCAGUGGUGGGAGGUCUCGAUAUACACAAAAAGAUGGUGGUGGAUGUGUGAGCGCCCCCUGCUCGCUGCGUCCCUGCCCCUUCCUCCUUGACACUCGCUUUCUCCACCAUCUCUGAAGAUCUGCUCAAGACGUCCGGCAAAACGCUCUGUGUAACUUAAUGGAAGUAUUCUCUCGUUCUUUCUUUUCUCUGUGAAGCCACUUUUUUCUUUCAGAAAAACCACAGGCCUCGUGAAGCCAACUUCAAAGUGUUAUUGGACUGUCUAAUCCUCUCAAUAACCCGGUCGUAGCACUUUAAGAGACUGAAGGACAUCCAUGUGUCUGCUGCAGGAGCAUCUGACUUUGGAUGAGGGGGGAGAAAGUGGGGAAAUGGGGGCUCAGUGAAGAGGCUGGUUGGCUUGUUCAUAUUUCAUCCUUUCUUUUUUGUUAAUUGUUAUUUUUGGUAUUUAUUUUUGUUGUCUUUUAUAAAGAAUAAAAAAUAAGUAUAUCUGUGGUUGUCUCGUGAGGGGGAGUGUAUAGUAAAUCAACACUUGACUUACAGUACAACUAGAAAGUAGGGUAUGAAGUGCCAACCAGAACAUAUCCAGAACCAGUCCAAGUAAUUAACCAAUUUCUGCCGCUGACACUUCCAACCGUCACCACACACAAAUCUAAAUUCAAUUUUUUUUCUGACAUAUUUGGUCUUCUGUUUUUACCUGUUUGGAUUAGAACAGCAACGCUUCCAGUCACACUCGGCAAAGCAACACAUGAUAGGUUUCUUUUUGUAAUACGUUUAAUAGUUUUAUUUAUACUUAACAUGUUUAUAUUGUUGGAGAUUAUCCUUGUUUGUCGUUAUGGAUUUAUAGAUAGAUAUGCCAAGAAAAUGUCUUUCCAAAAUUAUUUGUGGCUGCAACUGAUUAUAUGGUUUACUUGUGUUUCAAAGAAUUUUGCAUUUGUGCAUCCACAAGACAAUCUUAAGUAAUAGCUCUGCGUUCUUGUUAACUAACUCUUGGCUUGAUGAUUUUUUUUAAGCUAAAUGCAGGUGCUGGAUGAUGUGGACUUGGCUAGGAACCUAUAAAAUGUGUGAAUAUACACUGUUUGUGCAAGUUUAUAGCAAUUUAAGAGACUUCUCUGAAGGCAGCGUUUUUUAAGCAGUAUACAUUUGCUUUAUAUGAGCCUUUGAAUUCAUACAUCUCUCAGUCCAAAGCAGGAUGAUACUUUACGUACACAGAAAGACCUAAUACUAAAUGUUAGCAUGGGCCCUGUUUCACUAAGGAGGUUCUUAACUCAGACUGACAACUCGGUUUUCUGUUUCACUAAACAGGUUUUUGAGCAGACUAAGAAAACUCAGAGAUGGUAAUCCCAGAGUUUAGCAGAUGACAUAAGACUUUAUCAGUGGAUCUCAGAAAAGAGGAUUCACCAUGACAACGGUACACCAUCUUAGAGGGACAGGACGGGACAGGACAGGGCGGGGCGGGGUUAUUUUAAAAGAAAUGUGGAGCAGCUCAUUGUUUAAUCAGUUUAUCAUGUUUUUAAUAUUUAAUUUUAAAUCAUUUUUUAAAAAUUUAAAAUCUUUUUAAUUACAAUUUUUAACUAAUCUAAAAUGUUGGGUGUUGUGUAGCUCAUUAAGCUUAAUUAAAAAGUAUAAAUGAAUGCAAGUCAAAUUAGAAUUAAAGCCUUCUUACGUGGUACUGGUCGAUCUGUGGCUGUCCAAUCAGAGCUCUCCUUUUGGAGGAGACUGGUUAAAUUCAGGGUUAGAGGAAAAAAACUGAAAACUUUUCAGGGUUAAGUCUGAGUUUGGACUAAACCUGCUUCUUGAAACGGGGCCGUGAUCAGUGUGCAGUGGGGUAGACUGUAUAUGUUAAUUUUAUUU